AUGCGCCCACCUGGAGUCCUCGGUAAUGUUGUCACCGGUGUUGCUCAAAUUUGCAAAACUGGUGUGGCAAUUCUCGAUGCCGGUGCCCGAGCCGGGGUUGCAGGACUGCGGGUACUGCUCGAGGCUUCCGAGCAGGUCGCCGGGAUCGAGAAUGAUAAUUGCCGCCAGCUCUGGACCGCUGUUGUCAUAGCCGUAGAUGCCGGGAUCAGUCUCACUCGGAUGACUUGGGUGGGGGGUGACGCACCCUUCGGGAAGGUUAUGCGGGUUAUGAUUGACUGGAGACAUUCUCCGUUUUUUUGAGACCUGGGAUAGUAGGGAGGAAGGGUUCUGGAAUAAGGGUAGGAGUGAUUUAUGGUAUUUCGAAGAGCUGAGGAGCGAGGGGUUUUAUCCCCAAUCCCUAGGCUUGUAG